AUGUUGUUGCUAACGUUUCAUUCCUGUUUAGCAGCUAACGUUGCAAAGGACAUCUUUAUCCUAGCAGGGCAAAGUAACAUGGCCGGAAGGGGCGGCGUCGAACAUGGAAAUUGGGACGGGAAUGUCCCACCGGAGUGCAGACCGAACCCAUCAACACUUCGACUCAGUGGUAAACUCAGCUGGGAAGUGGCACACGAGCCACUCCACGCAGACAUCGAUGUGGGCAAGACUUGUGGGAUUGGCCCAGGCAUGGCAUUUGUUGAUGGACUCAGAGCCAAUGGCUCGAGAAUUGGUGGCGCCGUGGUGGGUCUGGUCCCUUGUGCGGUUGGCGGGACCAAAAUCAGUCAGUGGGCUCGAGGUACGAGGCUGUACAAUCAGUUGGUGAGUCGAGCUGAAGAGUCAGUGAAGGAUGGUGGGAUGAUUCGAGCGAUUUUGUGGUAUCAGGGAGAAAGCGACACAGUGAGAAAAGAAGACGCCGAGGCUUACAAAGGAAACAUGGAGAGGCUUAUUCUCGACUUGCGUUCUGAUCUUAAUAUGCCAUCUCUGCCUGUAAUCCAGGUAGCUCUUGCAUCAGGUGAAGGCAAAUUCAGAGAGACAGUCAGAAAAGGUCAGCUUGCAAUAAACCUACCUAAUGUGAGGUGCGUAGAUGCCAAGGGAUCGCGCCUCCAAACAGAUCACCUGCACCUCACUACAAUGUCUCAAGUACACCUUGGUUUGAAGUUGGCUCAUGCCUUCAUAGCUUCUUUUGGCCGUAUGCUGUAG